CCUGUGGUGGGUGACGGGGGUGCAGGCUGCCCUGGGCUGGGCUGGGAGUGGGUCCUGUCCUCUUGGGCCUCUCAGGCCUGGUGGGGCUGGGGUGGGAGAUGUGGCUCCUUAACCCGCCUCUGCUGUCUCCACUUCCUCCCCACCCUCUUCUCUCUCCAUAGGCACCUGGGGGUGAGAAGGCCAGGCUGGCAGCCCUGCCAGGGAGGGUGUGCCAAGCCCUCUGGGACAGGGAGUGGCCCCUGCUGCCCAGCAGCUGUGUCUCCCCCAGCACAGAUGGGGAGUGGAGGACGGCCCUCCAUAUGCUCCCCACCCCAAGACUCACACCUCCCCCGUUCCUAGCGCUCCCUCUGUCUUGCUGACUUAAAAGCCUCUCCUGAAAGUCUCCUGCCAUCUCUAUUGGAACAAGAGACCAGAGGGAGUCGCAGGGUAACCGUAGUAAUAUUUAUUCCCACGGCCAGACCCUGUGCUGAGAUCUUCACAUACAUUAUCUGGUUGAGUCCUCACAGCACCCCCAGUUUGCAGAUGAGGAAACUGAGGUCCAGAGAGGUUGAGGGACCUGCCCAAGUCACACAAGGUGAGUCUGUUGUGUCCUGGGUGCCCUUGGCUGACAACCAGCAGAGCACAGUGGAGGACAGGCUUAGGGCGGAGAGGCCUGGGUUUGAAUGGUGCAGUGCCACUGUGACUUAGCCAGACAGGUGAGGCCUGGGUAAGUGGCUCAAUCACUGAGAGCUUCAGUUUCCUCUUCUGCAAAGUGGGGCUUAUGGAUCACCUUCUUCACUGGGGUUAAACCAAGUGCCAGGCAUGACUGACGGCCCCGCCCUGAAACGCGCCUCCCGUCUCUCUGCCCCCCUGCAGCAGCGGCCCCUGAAACAGUCCCUGGGAAGCUCCUUGUGCCGAGAGUCGCACUGGAAGUGCCUGCUCCUCACGCUACUCAUCCACGCCUGUGGGGCUGUAGUGGCCUGGUGUCGCCUGGCCACCGUGCCUCGGCUGGUCCUGGGGCCCGAGGCAGCGUUGGCCCGCAGCGCGGGGGGCCAGCCACCCACCUACCCGGCCAGCCCCUGCUCCGAUGGCUACCUAUACAUCCCGCUGGCCUUCGUCUCCCUCCUCUACCUCCUCUACCUGGCUGAGUGCUGGCACUGUCACGUGAGGUCCUGCCAGGCGCCGCGCACUGACGCCAACACCGUGCUGGCCCUGAUCCGCCGGCUGCAGCAGGCGCCGCCCUGUGUCUGGUGGAAGGCCACCAGCUACCACUACGUGCGGCGCACGCGCCAGAUCACCCGCUACCGCAACGGCGACGCCUACACCACCACGCAGGUCUACCACGAGAGGGCCGACAGCCGCACGGCCCGCGGCGAGUUCGACUACUCGGCGCACGGCGUCCGCGACGUCUCCAAGGAGCUCGUGGGCCUGGCCGAGCACGCGGCCACGCGCCUGCGCUUCACCAAGUGCUUCAGCUUCGGCAGCGCCGAGGCCGAGGCCUCGUACCUCACCCAGCGGGCGCGCUUCUUCAGCGCCAGCGAGGGCCUGGACGACUACCUGGAGGCCCGCGAGGGCAUGCACCUGAAGGACGUGGACUUCCGCGAGUCCCUGAUGGUCUUCGCCGACCCCCGCAGCCCGCCCUGGUACGCCCGCGCCUGGGUCUUCUGGCUCGUGUCGGCCGCCACGCUGUCCUGGCCGCUGCGCGUGGUGGCGGCCUACGGCACCGCCCACGUGCACUACCAGGUGGAGAAGCUUUUCGGCGCCAGCUCGCCCGCUCCGGGGGCCGUGCCCAGCGCGCCCCCGCUCUCCCGCGUGGCCACGGUGGACUUCACCGAGCUCGAGUGGCACAUCUGCUCCAACCGGCAGCUGGUGCCCAGCUACUCGGAGGCCGUGGUCAUGGGCGCGGGCUCGGGCGCCUACCUCCGCGGCUGCCAGCGCUGCCGCCGCUCUGUCAGCAGCAACUCGCUGCCCCCGGCCCGGCCCAGCGGGCCGCGCCUGCCCUUCAGCCGCAGCCGCCUCUCGCUCGGAGCCGGCGGCCGGGCCACGCCAGGGGUCUUCCGCAGCCUGAGCGGGGGGCCGCUGGGGCGCCGUGGGGAGGACACGGAGCCCCUGGAGAGCCCGCCCUGCUACGAGGACGCCCUUUACUUCCCGGUGCUCAUUGUCCACGGGGACAGCGGCUGCCAGGGGGAUGGGCAGGGUGUGCUCUGAGCGCCUGUGGCCCCCAGAGUGGCCCCUCCUCGCUAUCCCAGCACAGGCUUAGAUGCCUGAGUAAUUGUCCAAAACGGGAGGGAAAACAGACCAGCCACACACGAGGGUGCGGGUGGGGGCGGGGCCUUAAACAGACUAAAAUUCAGUGACCCGUGGUCAUUUUGGAGGGAAUGGACACCACCCAAGUUGAAUCUCUGAACCGUCCCCAGCAUGGCUUUCCCGCCCGCCACGUUCCACCCCCUGUGACGGCAGGUGAUCUGCUUGGGGGCUUCUCACACUGAGCAGGGAAGGAAGCUUCCAGAAAGCCUGGGAUGGGGAGGAGUCCUGGAGACAGCUGCUGUCUGCAGCAGAGGGCUGCCCAUGGCCUCUUCCCUGCUGGGGCUGAGGCCACAUUGGAGCCGUCAAGUAACCUAGAAGCACAAAUUGGUGGUUUGGGCCACGCCCAGCUGGGCUGGCCUCCCUGAAUCUGAGAGCUGGCUAUGGUGGCACCGCGGCCUUGGCCCCACUACCACCUAAAGUUCCCGUCCUCCUCCCCAGAUAGGGCCUUCCCUGCCCGCCCUCUGCCCCUGCUGAGGGCCAGCACCUGAUCCGGCCCUGCCCUGGGAGCCUGUUCUCGGAGCGCAGCCGUGCCCCACGCCCAUCCCUACUGUAACUCCCGGUGCCUACUGCACCCCUGCAUCCUGCUCCCCUGCAUCCUGGGGUGCCUUCUCAAGACUCCACCAUGGCCUCCACAUCCCCCAGUCUCUGCUCCUGCCUCCCAAAGUCCAUGUCUGCCUCUGUCAGCCACGCACACGCCCUCGGCUUGUCCCCUCAUCGCUGCACGGACUUCUCUGUUCCUCACCUUCCUGAUGGUCACUGGGACCCAGGGCCGCAGAGUAUCCGAGGGCUCAACCUCGGCCACAGCCUCCUGGACGAUGCCCUUGCUCCACCGCGGAGGCCCCUGCCCAGGGAACGCUGUCCCUCCCCCAGGGAGGGGACAGUCCCUCUCAGGGGCCGAUGGGGGAGGGAGAGGCAAAGAGGAUACAGGUUAAAUAAAGGUGUGA